CAACCCAACAACCACCAACCUUACCCCCCCAUCAUCUUCAUCGCAAAUCCGUCAAGAUGGCCCCCAAGAAGAAGACCAAGACCGGUGACACCCUCAACUCCCGUCUCGCCCUUGUGAUGAAGUCGGGUAAGGUCACUCUUGGUUACAAGUCCACCCUCAAGGCCCUCCGCUCUGGCAAGGCCAAGCUGGUCCUGAUCUCUGGCAACACCCCCCCUCUCCGCAAGUCCGAGCUGGAGUACUACUCCAUGCUGUCCAAGGCUCCCGUCCACCACUACGGCGGCACCAACAUUGAGCUGGGCACCGCCUGCGGAAAGCUCUUCCGCUGCUCCACCAUGGCGGUCCUCGACGCUGGUGACUCCGAUAUCCUCAGCGAGCAGGCGUCGUAAAGGAAAAUUGCACGACUGCUGCGCGUCUGAUGUGUGUUGGCCCGGCGUUUCGGUUCGGUUCACGAAGGCAAUGAUGCACCAGAAGCAUGGAUGGCAUUUGGUUUGGGAACAAUGAAAGUCUUGCAAGGGAAAAUGAUACCCAGGUUGUUGGAUGACAACCACAAGAAGGGGAGGCAUGUCUUUAGGAUGGCCUUCAGAUAACAUCAUGAGAUACGCUUCGCCCACUCCAAUCCAUCUGGUCGCGUUGCCGACUUGACCGAGCA